AUGGCAUCUUUUCUAAAAAUUUUUAUCACUUUGAUUGCCAUUAUUGCCUUUUUAUCGCAUUUUACUGUCAGUGAAACAUCCGACGUUCUAAAUGGUUUCUGUAGUAAUCUAUUGAAUGAUUAUAAGCUUGAAUGCGUGUUACCUGAAUUAAAGGAUGAAUUAACUUCCGUUGAAGGGACCAAAAAAGAAGCUACUCAAAAUGUAAUUGACAUUUUCGAAACAAAACCUUUGAGUACUGAAUGCACUACUGGAAAAGUCCUA